UUAGACGGAUAUUUAUUUCAUAAAAUUCAAUGCGAUGUUGUGUCAGUGAUAAAAGCUCUAAAAAUGUCAUUGUACCGGGGUGUUUACAUGUAUGUCUUCAGUAACGUAAAUUGUCAAUAAUAGUCACCUGUAAGGAUGCUGUGUUAAUUUGUUCUCUAGUAAAUAUCUUAAAUGAAACAAGGUAUGUGUAGUAAACAAUCGGUAAAUUAUCCGGAUAUAUCGUACCCGACAUUACAAUGUACGGACGUGCUAUUAGUGUAUUGAGUCGCAUUCCAAAGUGCGCCGAGCUACCAACGGGGACGUGUCCCACAUCUACACCUCCUCAUUUCAAAGACUACAACCAUAUUCAUACAUUGAUGGAGCGAUACGGAACUAGCGUUUGAGUACGUAUACCAUGGCAGAAGGUGGUCCCCAUGCAGACCCUCACUCUGAAGACGGCACACUACGAAACAUCUCGGACUCCCAACUUCUCGAAUGUCCAAUCUGUCUUGAGCAGUUACGACAGCCGAAGUCUCUGCCGUGUCGUCAUUCUCUUUGUGAGGAAUGUUUGAGUAGCUACAUCGUCAGUGAGGUGUUAGGGACGAGUGAUACGGCGACUUCCUUUAUCUGUCCGGUAUGUAGAACGUUAACUCACCCCGUGGACAAAACAGAGGACAAAGAGAAAUGGGCCCGGCAGUUUCCGACCGACACCGUUGCCAUAGAGAUGAUACAACUGAGAAACAGGGCGACAGAGCCACGUUACUGCGCGCCCUGUCAGAGAAAGGGAAAGAUGACCUCUGCACAAUUCUGGUGUAAAAUGAAUCAGUCAUUGUUCUGUGAGUCUUGUAAAGUGAAUCACCAUGAUGUGGUCCAUGUGAGCUGUGAUAUCGUAGAUAUAAGAGGUUCCGGGAAUUUCCUGUUGAGACGGGAAACAUCUGAUAAAAGAUGCGACAAACACAAGGAUGAGAUUGCUUAUUAUUGUGAGGAUCACAAGUCAUUGGGUUGCAGUAAAUGUAUCAUUAUUGGUCACAGGGAAUGUGACAACGUUUCAACAACAGAGGGUUACUGUGAGAAACUUAAUAGUAGCUCCCAACUAGAGGAAAGAAAGACAUUUCUACAGAAAGGAGCAGACGACAUGGAAUCCAUGAUAAAGGACUUUUAUCUACGACAACAGAAUAUUGCAGACGACAAAGAUGCGGUACUGAAAAGCAUCGACGACCUGCAGGAACGUAUGGAGAAGCGUAUCAGAGAGAUGAAGAAGGAAAUCACAGAUGACGUAAUCACGGCGUACAAACAGGAAAGAGAAAAUCUGAAGGUGUCCACACAGAAGUGUGAACGACUGAAGGUCGCUAUACAGAAUACAUUAGAAUCGUCCGCUACAGCUCUACAGAGGAACGACCAUAUGGACACGAUCCGGCUUUACCAGAAAGGUCAGACGGAGCUCGAGGCUUGUAAAGAUCUAGUGAAAGAAAUGCAGAUGUCGAUUUCAACUGUCAGUAUUAAACAUGAAAUCGAUUUGGACGUGGCAGGUCUGAACUUUGGUAAAGUCGUUGUCAGGAAGCAACGAAGAGAUUUACCAGGUGUCCCAACUGUCGUCAAACCCUUAUUCAAAUGUGAAGUAAAGGAAAUAAGAAAGGUGAACAUAAAAUGUCCGUCUGAUCAAUCUGCUUGUAAUUCUCGUGGUGUUGUUUACUUUCCUGACGGCGGAAUUGUAGUGGGAGAUAACAACAAUCAGAAGAUCAAGUUAAUAAACGAUGAGGGGGAUGUUGUGGACGAGUUAAACUUGGAUGGACGUCCUUGGGAUCUGUGUAUGGUGGAUAACACCACUGUGGCGGCCGCUAUAGAGAGCCCUGGAGGUAUACAUGUAGUGACUGUCACACCCUCCAAACUUACACUGUCGUCUGUUAUAAACAAAAAUAAACAGUAUUACGGGAUAACGUACAGAGAUGGUGAGUUUAUCGUGAGUACGGGAUCCGAAGUCUGUAGCGUAAAGAAAGACGGGACGACCAAGGCGUUAUAUCGAUAUACUGGCGAAGUACUCAUGUUGUCACAUGAUUCCAAGGACGGACAGCUCUUUGUCUCACAUUUCAACUCCAGGACUGAUAGUACGGUGAUUGGUAAGUUGUCUACUGACAACAAGUACACGGACGUGUUGAAGGUUGGUGUAGUUAAGAGUACGUAUGGAGUGGACGUCGACAUGGAAGGUAACGUCUAUGUCUGUGGUUUUUUCUCCAACAACGUGGUACAGAUGUCCGGGGAUGGGACUAACGUCCGGGAACUGUUAACGGCAGAGGACGGUAUCAUACGCCCACUAGCAAUAUCUGUUUGUGGUGAUAAACUGGUGGUGACAAAUUGCGCAUCAGGACUGAGGAAUUCCAUCAAAGUCUUUCAACUCUUUUGACUUAUCAUUAACAACUUAUUUUUUUAUUGACUUAACGAACACAUAAAACCUUUCUGUCAUAAAUAAUAAUGAUGGGUAAAAUCAGCAGUGCGUUCAUGAGUAAAGAUAAUAUCUUUAAAAUCUUACGAUCACAUUAUCAACAGCAGUAAUGAAAAACAAACUUUGUUCUGAAUGAAGCGUCAAUUACGCAUUUAAUGUUUGUUUGCAUUGUCCUCACUACCGACCUUAGCCUUGUUUUUUUUUAAUCUGAUACACAUAUUUACGGUACAUUAAUGUUGUAAAGCCGCUAUAACUGAUCGUGUUGAAAUACAAAAUGUCGAUUUCUUCGUGAAUUAAGGGUUGUAGAUAAUUGCUGUUUUAAAGUGUAUAUCAACUCAAGACAGUUUCUUUAAAUAUUUUAGCAAUGCUUUCGUUAUGAGAAAUGAAAUCAAGGAAAAUAAUUUUGAAGAUGUUUCGUGAAACCAAAACAUGGGUCUGAUUCAACGAACGUGAGAGAGCUGAAGUUUAGAAUAAUCUGAAAGAGUUUGCAUAAGCAAUGCUACUACCUAGGAAGAAAACAUGUGACGGUAAACUGUUUUUUAUGGGGUAUUUGGAACUGAAACUUCGUAUCUUGGGGAACCAACCUGUACGUUUUAAUUUGGUUCCGUUGUUUAUCGAAUUACUUCAUCUGUACACCAAUCGAAGUUUCUGGUUGUGUUUUUAUUAGUCCAAAUAAAGAGGUUUCUAUGAUACGGUAUUAUAGCGUAUCGAUUUUUCUUCGAUUCCUGAUCGAUCCGCAAUCAAAAUCAUUGUGAUCAUCCAAUGAUAACAAAUACUACCGAUGAACAUGUGUGAUAACAUAGACCUUGUCCUUCCACUGUUAUUGUGCCCAUGUAACGGUUCUGAACGGGCAGUAAGGGAUUACUUUUUUUGUGU